AUGAUGCGAUCAUCAUGGGAGAGUAGUCUUCGGAGUGUGUGUAAUGUGGUUAUUAUUCUUCGGAUUUUUCAUCUGUGCUCGGGCCUUAAAAUAAACCUUCACAAGUCUAAUCUUCACGGUAUUGGGGUAAAUGAAGGGGAAAUUGAAGAUAUGGCUAGACGUAUUGGUUGUAAAGAAGGGGCGAUGCCCUUUAAGUACCUUGGUCUAAUUGUCGGUGCAAAUAUGAACGGUGUUUGCAAUUGGAGACCGGUGCACGAUAUCUUUGAUGCUCGGCUCGCGUCUUGGAAAGCCUCUUUGCUAUCCAUUGGUGGUAGAUUAACAUUGAUCAAAUCACUGCUUGAAAGUAUUCCAAAUUAUUACUUCUAUUUGUACAAGGCGCCGGUGCAAGUUAUUAAGGGCUUAGAAUCCAAAAUUAAAAAGUUUCUUUGGGGCAACACAGGAUCGCACAAAAGGCUCCAUUGGGUUACUUGGGAUCGUGUCACGCUUCGGAAAGAAGCAGGAGGUAUUGGGCGGAGUCGUCUCAAGGAUAUCAAUGUUGCUUUGUUAUCGAAAUGGGGAUGGAGAUUUAAGACCGAAAAAAUAAUUUAUGGACGAAAGUUGUGGAAUCUAUCCACUCGACUAGGCUUUGCUGGGACUUUAUUCCCUCUAGAGACUCUUUGGGUGGGGUUUGGUGCGUCGUUGCUAAAACCUUAUCGAGAAAUAAAAUCGAUGGAAUUCCGCUGA